GAGGAACGAACUUGGAAGGGUGGUUACGAGGCUCAUGAUGACAGAGGCUAUACCCCUGCAUGGCUCACUAAUAAGCUAAGUUGGAGAGAAUUCAAACGGAUUCGAAAAAGUCAUUUUGGCAAAGCUGACUUAGUUAAUCCAGUGGGAGAGUUGUCUAAUCUAAGGCACACCGGGACAAUCAAUGACUACUGUAACCAGUUUGAGGAGUGUCUAGGGAGUCAGACCAAACUCAAAGGAGAUCAACAACUAUGGUAA